AUGUCUUUAUUGUACCCAUUUUUGUCCGGAACUUUUGCGGCUCUGGCAUCAGUGUUUGCAAAGCUUUUCACAGACAGUCGGACGGCGUUAAUUACUCAACAGUUAUGCGAUAUUCUGAAUUUUAGGCAAGCCGGAAUUAGGGAGGAUAAUGCAAUUUUGGGAAAUGUUGUUUUUGGCGAAGCAUUAUCAUUCCAAUGGUGGAUCGGUGCCAGCUUUAUCGUGGUGGGAACUAUGUUGGUGAAUAAAUCUAAUUUAGAAAGUAAAGAUAAAGAAAAG